AUGUUGCCGAGGAUUUUGGUGGCCGUUCAGAUAUUGCACGCCGUCGUGUUGGCUGAAAUCCUGAAACCCACCUGGCACCAGUACUAUUACCCGGGACAUCACGCUUACGGUAUACGGUAUUUUGAAAAGCUGGCUUCGAUGCGAGAGAACUUCCAGAAGGGAAUACCAUACAACAAAUGGGGAUUUUACAACCGAGUAGACACUGCGUCGGUGACGGAGAGCAAAAAGACACGAAGACUGCGAGUGGGCAGUGGAUGGUGGAAGCUGGUUCCACCGACGGGCGCCGAGAUAAAUUGUGAAUUUCCGAGUACUGUACCGGUGAUAUCUAACAUCGUGUGGGAACGAGUGGACCCGGGCAAAGCGGACAAGGAGAUGGCCAUGAGGCGAAUGGGCGAGGUGCAGACGUACGACAUGCACCUGAGGCCCAAAGGCAGCACGUUGCAUUUCCACGACGUGACGCCCCUGGACAAGGGCCUUUACAGGUGUCUGGCGUCGUCCGUGGACAGGCUGACGGGCGAACCGCAGACGGUGUUUCAAGACACUGACUUCUACCCGGAUGUGGUCUGA